CUAUAGAGGAGAUAUAUUAGGUUUGAAGGUGCGUGGAUUGAUUUAGAUAUUGGAUAGAGGAAGGGCGAUAGUUAUGAAUACAGUCGGAGGAAAAUUGAUGGGUUUGUGCAAAUGUUUGGUAGGCAGAGGAGGAAGAAGAAGCAACAAUUGUUAUGCUGCUGCUGCUUUUCCAAGCUUCAAUUCAUUCAAAUAUCAAAGCCCCGGGCAGGGAAGGAGUGUGUUUAUUCCACCAGACCCAAAUCCAAGUCCUGAGGGUAAUACUGAAAAGCCCGUACAAGUUGGGAGUUUUGACAGAGACGCUCGUCCAGCCAUGAAUGCACCCACUACAAAUGCCUUUGAAGCAAUUACUGGAAAUCUUGAAAAUAAAAGUACAAUGAUGAGAAUUGCUAAGCAUACUGAAAAGAUGGACUGGGGUACGGUGAUUGAAAAAGGGGACGUGAUUGAUAUAAACGACCUUGUUUUCACCAAAAAACGGGAUUAUCUCAUCAGAUACAAUGACAAGCAACGGGUGAAAGCUGGGGAGUUGGCAAACAAGCUUAUUGUUGUAUAUUUUGUGCCUUUAUUAGCUGGUUCUUUGCGAGAGAAGAUGGCCACAACACAUUUGAUAGACACGUACAACUAUUUGCUGCCUCGUAAAGUUUUCGAGGUAGUCUUGGUCGCUUAUGAGACUGAUAUAACACUUGGUUUUGAUGAAAACCCCGAGAAGCAAUUUGAAGCUCUGUUUUCUCUCAUGCCGUGGACUGCCAUCCCAUUCUCAGAUGUGGCAUCUAGAGAUUGUCUGAGUAGAAGAUUUGGUAUCUGCCGCUCUGAACCUAAGCUUGACUUGUUUGUCAUUGAUUCGACGGGCAUGGUUGUGCAAGAUAGUUGUUUUCAUUUAUUUGAAAAAUAUGGAGGUCUGGCCUAUCCUUUCACCGAUGGAAGGAUACAAUUCCUGGAAUCUCAAGAUGCUGCACUAGCUGAGCGACCCUCUUUGAAAAUGCUCCUAGCUUCUCAUGAUCGUGAUUAUGUUGUCUCUAACAAAGGGGAUAAGGUACCUAUUGACACUCUCGAAGAAAAAGUUGUAGCCCUAUACUUUUAUGAAGAGCAUAAAACUCAUAGUAGGCUCACAGCAGAUAUUGAAUUGGCUUAUGAAGAGUUCGCUAAAAAGAAAAAAGAAUUUGAGGUUGUGCUCAUUUACCUGUAUGACACAGAGGGUACCUGUGGUUAUACAAAUGAAGAAUCGUUUAACAGAACAUUUGAGUCUAUGCCUUGGUUGGCACUCCCAUUUGCAGACCCGGCAUAUACAAAGUUGAAGCGCUUUUUUGGCUAUAAUUUUGAUUUGGGUGAGAGAAUAGAAACUCCCUCACUUGUAAUCUUUGGGCCUUAUGGCAAAUUCAUUGAACCGUGGGGUGCUGACAUCUUGAUGAAAUUUAAGCUUCCAGCUUAUCCGUUCACUCGUGAGAAAGUUGCGAAGCUAGAGACUGAAAAAAUAAAGGAAUUGAAGCUGGAGAUGCUCUGGGAUCGGAAAACAUCUUUUAGAAGAAAUGAUGGGACUGAGGUUCCAUUGUAUGAACUUGUGGGGAAGAGAAUUAUACUCUUUUUUGAGGGCAAAUAUUACCGGAAGCAUUCAGCAGGCUUCUUGAACGUAUUAAAAAAUAAUUAUGCCUACAUGGAGUGUCUAAAGGGUACAGAUCAUGAGUUCGAAGUGAUAUACAUUACCACCAACAAAAGGAAAGCACUCUACGAGGAGAUGAUUUUCGAUGUACGUUGGUUGUUUGCACAUGAAUCCGAGUUGUUACCUAUUGAUCUUAGUUUAUAUUGUUGCUACUGUCAGCCCAUUAAGUUCCUUUGCAGCCACCCACCUGGUUGGUGUGGUAAAGGUUCUUCACUUCUUGCCUUUGAUAAAGACGGAAAACUUAUCAGUAAAUUAGUACAUCUUUCUAGUGAUACUGAAAAUCCAUUUUGUGAUGCUGAUAUGGAGAAGAGGGCAUUAUUUGAAUUAAAUUUCCAUCACGAAUGGUUCCACCUGGAUCAGCAAUAUAAGGGGCUGGUUAUCAACUCAUUGCACGAAGAGUACCCUGAAAUCUGAAUAAGCUUGGCUGAUCAAUAUUUCUAGAUAAUUAAUUUAAUAAAGCCUUGGUAUUUAUAUUGAGAAGUGUGCUAAUAGGAGAUUGUCAUUUUUAGUAAAGCUUGUGUAUGUGUUGAGGAAUGCUAUAUUGUUAUAGCUUCGCGGACAUAUUGAUGUGUACUCUUCAUUGAACCAUGUUCUAUCUAUACUUAUUAUGUUCUAUCAAAAAAGAUAUUGGACAGAGGAUC